AUGUCUUCUGCAGAGGUCACCGCCCCCGCUCCCGUCGCGGAGCAGACUGAGCAGUCGCCCCCCAAUGGUGUCUCCCCCGCCCCCCAGGAGCCCGCUUCGGACGGCGAGGCCGGCCAGGCUCAGGCUCCCUCCUCGAAUGCUGCACCCCACAUGUCGGCUUCCCUAUACGUCGGAGAGCUUGAUUCCUCUGUCACCGAGGCUAUGCUCUUCGAGCUUUUCUCGUCGAUCGGAUCGGUCGCCUCCAUCCGUGUCUGCCGUGACGCCGUGACCCGCCGUUCGCUGGGAUACGCUUACGUCAACUACAACAACACUCAGGAUGGUGAGCGUGCUCUUGAGGAGCUCAACUACAGCCCCAUCAAGGGUAAGCCGUGCCGCAUUAUGUGGUCUCAGCGUGACCCCGCUCUUCGCAAGACUGGUCAGGGCAAUGUCUUCAUCAAGAACCUCGACACUGCCAUUGACAACAAGGCGCUUCACGACACCUUUGCUGCCUUUGGCAACAUCUUGUCUUGCAAGGUCGCUCAGGAUGAGUACGGCAACUCUCGCGGAUAUGGAUUCGUUCACUACGAGACUGCCGAGGCUGCCCACAACGCGAUCAAGCACGUCAACGGCAUGUUGUUGAACGAGAAAAAGGUGUUCGUCGGCCACCACAUCCCCAAGAAGGACCGUCAGAGCAAAUUCGACGAGAUGAAGGCCAACUUCACCAACGUUUAUGUCAAGAACGUUGACCCCGAGGCCUCGGACGAGGAGUUUAGAGACCUCUUCGCCGCGUUUGGCGCGAUCACGUCGGCCACCCUCGCUCGCGAUGAGAAUGGAUCGAGCCGUGGAUUCGGAUUCGUUAACUUCUCGGAGCACAAGUGUGCCGCUGAGGCCGUUGACAGGCUUCAUGAGUCGGACUUCAAGGGCCAGAAGCUCUACGUUUCCAGAGCUCAGAAGAAGCACGAGCGUGAGGAGGAGCUUCGCAAGCAGUACGAGGCUGCUCGUGUUGAGAAGCAGAGCAAGUACCAGGGUGUCAACCUAUACAUCAAGAACCUCGACGAUGAUAUAGAUGAUGAGCGUCUUCGCAAGGAGUUUGCUCCCUACGGUACCAUCACCUCCGCCAAGGUGAUGCGUGACGAGUACAAAGAUGAGGAUGAGGAGGAGCCCAAGGAGACUGAGGAGAAGGAGGCUACUGAGGGCGCGGAGGGUGAAACCGAGGAGAAGGAGAAGGCCCCUAAGAAGAAGCUCGGCAAAUCCAAGGGAUUCGGCUUCGUCUGCUUCUCGAGCCCCGAGGAGGCCUCCAAGGCUGUCACCGAGUUGAACCAGCGCAUGAUCAAUGGCAAGCCUCUCUACGUUGCCCUCGCUCAGCGCAAGGACGUCCGUAAGAGUCAGCUCGAGGCCAGCAUCCAAUCUCGUAACCAGAUCAGGAUGCAGCAAGCUGCUGCGCAGGGUGGCAUGCCCCCUCAGGCUUACAUGGGAGCUGCUCCUAUGUACUUCGGCCAAGCCCAACAGCCCAACUUCAUGCCCGGUGGACGUGGUAUGCCGUUCCCGCAGCCCAACAUGAUGCCCAUGGCUCAGCCCCCUCGUGGUCCUCCUGGCGGCUACCCUCCUCAGGGUCGUGGUGGUCCCCAGGGUCCCAUCCCUCAGGGCAUUCCCCCUCAGAUGUACGGUCCUCCUACUAUGGGCGGACCUGGCUACCCUCCCUUCAACCCCUCUAUGCCCUCCCACGCCCAGGCUCAGGCCAUGGCUGCUUCUCAGGGUCGCGGUCGUCAGGGUCCUCCUCCCCCUGCUGGUGUCGCCGCCAUCCCCCCUCAGGGUAUGCCCGGUAUGCCUCUCAUGGGCGGUCCUCGUGGUCCUCUUCCCCCCGCCGCCGGCCGUGGAAUGCCACUCCAGCAGCAGCCCCAGGCGCCGCAGCAGGCUCGCAUGCCCCCUCCCCAGGCUCGUGGACCGGCUCCUCAGAUCCCUGGCUUCGACAACCAGGCCUAUGCUGCCGCUCCCGAGGCCCAGCAGAAGCAGAUGCUCGGUGAGGCUCUGUACCCCAAAAUCCAGAAGCUCCACCCUGAGCUGGCUGGUAAGAUCACCGGCAUGUUGUUGGAGAUGGAGAACUAUGAGCUCCUUUCUCUUCUGGACGACGACCCUGCCCUGCAGCAGAAGGUCAACGAGGCCCUUUCGGUUUAUGACGAUUAUGUUAAGAACAAGGACGGCUCCCCCGCUGAGGCUGGCGACGCUGGAGUCACCAACGGCGAGGGCAACCAGGAGGAGACCGCUACGGCGUAA